CUUGUACUGUCGUUACUAUUAACAUUCUAUAUGCUUCUAUUAUUAAGGGUGUAGAACAUUAAGAAGGAAAUAACGAAUUUGUUCCAACUGAUUCUUAUAAUGGAGUCAAAAGUGCUCUCAUACCAAUUUUUUUCGUAAACGUUUCUUUUGGUAGUCGACAAAUAGAAGACGUUGUACACUAAUUUUCAGCCUAUUAUCUCAACCAGAAGGAUAAUUGUAGGGUAAAUUCGAAUUAUUAGUUUUUGUUCUAUUUUCCAAAUUUAAUGGCACAUAAAAAUUGUGUUAAAAUUCUGAAACAUUUUUGGCAUAGCAGUGUAUAGCUGAGAAUUUUUGGAGAUUAUUCCGUUCCAAAUUCUUCGCGUGAAAAAAGAAAACUCCAAACAAGUAGAAGAGCGUAGAUUUCGCAUUGAAGCUAUCGCGUGGCAGUUCUUUAAUUUUUACAUUAGCGGACAUAUUAGACAACUAACUUUUAGAUGCAUUUUAAGCAGAAUCGUAAUGAAUAUUUUUACCUUUUGGAACGAAAAUAUCUCCAAAAAUUCUCAAUCGUACACUGCUAUGCCAAAAAUGUUUCAGAAUUUUAUCACAAUUUUUACGUACCAUUAAAUAGAGAAAAUAGAACAAAAACUGAUCAUUCGAAUUUACCUUAUAACUACCUUUUUGGUUCAGAUAGAGGGCCGAACAUUGGUGUACAAUGUUUUCCAUUGGUAAGCUAUGGAAGAAAACUUCCUUAAGAAAAAUCUGUGUAAGGGUACUUUUGGCCUCCUUAUCCUGCUAUAUCCUUUACGUAGAAGACAAUUCUCAGAACUAUUUCUGGUUAAGGAUUAAAACUACAUUUAUCAGAGUAUUUCAGAAACCAAAAGGUAUCGGACAAAUUAUUUUUACAUUGCGUUCUUUUAAAUCAGGAUUCCGAUUACAACAAAUAAAGCAAUGAAAUGAUUUAUUUAAACAAUACUAUUAAAAGUAUCAAUCGUUUUAGGACUUUUCGUGCUAAAUAUUAAGAUGUUUUUUAUAUCUUUGUUUCUAUAUAAUAUUGAUCUUAUAUAAUAAUUAUUCUUUGUUUUAUACCGUUUGCCGAGUGCAGAGGAAUUGUAGAAGCAAGAAUUGAACAAAAUCACCCUUUUGCCUGUGACUUUACUCUUCUUUAGAAAUACUUCUGUAUUUAAAACAUGUGAACAUACUUAUUUUUUUAAAUGCAACUGUACUUUUUUUAAGCUAAAUAGAUUCUCUUGAAGGUUUUCAUUUAUUAACAUUGACGUGUAUAAGUUUCAUAUGUUCCCUUCUAAUUCAAUCAUUAUCCGUUUCAAAUGGACUUAUUUUCUGUGCUAAAUCCGACGUUACAAUAAUAUUAAAAUUUAAUAUUAUGCACAUAACCUUAGAAAGUAGUAGAAUUUUAAUGUAGGUAGAUUCUUUCCAAUUUUCAUAAAUACAAGCUGUACGAAUUCAUAUUUAACACUAGUACCUAUAAAAUGAGUCGCAAUGACCCAUUCCUUCAUUUUUCUUUUACAAUUAUUAAAAACAUAACAGAUCCUUCUUUGAGAAAUUAUCAAAGAAAUUGAUCUAAUGAGACGCAAACUGAAUCUGAAUUUUCUUAUAGAAAAAUUUAAAAAGGUCAACUUCACUGCUCGGUAGUGAAUUUAAUUUGGAUCGGAAGUUAAUUUGAAUUCUAUUAUUGUCGCACAGUUAUUUCCUUUUGUAAGAAAAUCCACUUUCCAUGCAAGGUUUUGCUUAAGUAAUGCUUGCGAUAUGAAAAUCGGACACACAUUUAUAAUGUAUUUACCUUUCUUUUCAAGGGAACUCCUUGUUAGAUUUUAUAAAAGCACUGGAGGGUAUAAGCCUCACAGAAUAAUCCUUUAUCGAGAUGGUGUCUCGGAAGGCCAGUUUCUGCAUGUAUUGCAGCAUGAGUUAACUGCCAUUCGCGAAGCUUGUAUGAAACUUGAAGAUGAUUAUAAACCUGGUGUAACAUUCAUUGUAGUACAAAAAAGGCACCAUACUCGUUUAUUUUGCGCAGAAAAAAGAGAACAAAGUGGAAGAAGUGGAAAUAUUCCCGCAGGUACAACAGUUGAUAUUUGUAUUACACAUCCAACUGAAUUUGACUUCUAUUUGUGUAGUCAUCAGGGAAUUCAGGGAACUUCACGACCAUCGCAUUAUCACGUUCUUUGGGACGAUAAUCACUUUGAAAGUGACGAGUUACAAUCUCUUACUUAUCAAUUGUGUCAUACAUAUGUUAGGUGUACAAGGUCUGUCAGUAUACCUGCACCAGCAUAUUAUGCUCAUCUUGUAGCAUUCCGAGCCAGAUAUCAUUUGGUAGAAAAAGAACAUGAUAGGUAAGUAAAACUUUCAGAUAGCACACGAUUUUGUAAUUAUAAUAUAAGUAUUAAUUCAUUAUUCACACGCAUAUACGAGAAAAAUUAUUGAAAUAUUGUAGUCUUUAGGAACAGUAUACAAAUAGAGCUCUUCACAUUGAUUUUUAAAAGCUAUGUGUGUCGAAAAUC